AGCAAUGUCCGCCUCUUGAAGUUACACGUUGGUAGUCAGGAUGAUAGCGAACGAAUGGGCCGAUACAAAAAGCUUGUGGCAGUAAAGCUACAGGGACAUUUAGUGGGUUGUUUUUCGCCUUCAAGUGAAUUGACAUCUUCAAGGGACGACUGCGUUUAAACACCAGACAAGGCCAAAAACUACAAGCUAACUAGAUAACUACCUGCGCUUGAGCCUUGUCGGCGAAGGAUGCUGUGACGUUUACCUUGCCACCAAGAGAAGAACAUGGCUAGGAUAUAGCACAGAUGAGGGUCUGAAGAGUCUGCUGUUUCUCCCUUCACCCCUGCUCAUUUGAGGCUGGCAGGCUCCACGGAGACGCACAAAGACGAGUCUGCCGAGGUUUGGAGAGGCCACACCCACUCUCCUGUCCCCUUCAGAAGAGUCAUGACCCAGAGGCCUGGCCAUGGCUGCGCCCAGGUGACAGUGACCCUGGCCCUGCUGCUCUGUCUGCUUGGGCGAGCGGGGGGCGCAGGGGAGCCCUCUCCGGCUCAGUUCCUCCAGGACCUGCUGUCCCGCUAUGGAGACAAUACCACCAUCUCUGUGCCCCAGCUCCGGAAUCUGUUGGCUCGCCUCAACGUGGGGCAGGGGGACGCUGACACGGAGAGACAAACACCAAAGGCCAGUGUGUCCACAUGCUUGCCGUCAGACACCCUUCUGGCGGCCCACAGUCUGAAUGAGCAGUCGCGCCUGGACAGCCGCGGCCUGCAGGAAUUCUGCCCCACCAUCCUGCAGCAGCUGGAUGUGGGCGACUGUGGAGCGGAACGCAAGAAGGAGCCUGCUGAUGACACACCCCCAGAGGCAGGGCCUUCAACUGCUGAGGUUUGGGGUUAUGGGUUCCUGUGCGUCACAGUCAUCUCCCUGUGCUCCCUGGUGGGCGCCAGCGUGGUGCCCUUCAUGAGGAAAACCUUUUACAAGCGGCUGCUCCUCUACUUCAUAGCACUGGCCAUUGGCACGCUGUACUCCAACGCCCUGUUUCAGCUCAUCCCAGAGGCUUUUGGCUUUGACCCCAUGGAAGAUUAUUACGUCUCCAAGUCAGCAGUUGUGUUUGGGGGCUUCUACCUGUUCUUCUUUACUGAAAAGAUCCUGAAGAUGGUGCUGAAACCAAAGAACAAGGAUGCCCAGGGGCACGGCCACAGCCACUUCCCGGCCGAGCACUACGCCUCCAAGGCAGACCUGGAGGACGGGGUGACGGAGAAGCUGCAGAACGGAGAGGCGGGCUUGUCCCUGCCCGGGGGGGACAGGGAUCUGCGGGGCCCGAGCGAGGACGACAGGGUGCUGAGCGCGGGACAGACGGUGCAGGAGAGCCAGAGUUCAGGCGGGGGCGGCUGCUACUGGCUGAAGGGCACGGCGUACUCUGACAUUGGCACGCUGGCCUGGAUGAUCACGCUGAGUGACGGGCUGCACAACUUCAUCGAUGGCCUCGCCAUCGGAGCAUCCUUCACGGUCUCCGUCUUCCAGGGCAUAAGCACCUCGGUGGCCAUCCUGUGCGAGGAGUUCCCCCAUGAGCUGGGUGACUUUGUGAUCCUGCUCAAUGCGGGCAUGAGCAUACAGCAGGCGCUCUUCUUCAACUUCCUGUCAGCCUGCUGCUGUUACCUGGGCAUGGGCUUCGGUAUCCUGGCCGGCAGCCACUUCUCUGCCAACUGGAUCUUCGCACUGGCUGGGGGCAUGUUCCUCUACAUUGCCCUGGCUGACAUGUUCCCGGAGAUGAACGAGGUCAGCCGUGAGGAGGAGCAGGCAGGGGGCAGCGGCUUCCUGCUGACUUUCGGCAUCCAGAACGCCGGCCUGUUGACGGGCUUCGCCAUCAUGCUCAUCCUCACUAUGUACUCAGGGCAGAUCCAGCUGGGCUAGCAGCCACACCCCCUGGGGCAGGGCGGGAGCCACCUUCUCAUGCUUAGGCCCCGCCCUUCCUACCCUGCCCCACUCAGGACCUCUCUGCCUGGAGCACUAACAGUCAGCUGUGUGUUCCAGAGGUGCAAUCUUCCCAU